GAUGCGCGACACACCCCUCUAGCCCCGCCCUCCUCAACGUCACUACCCGGCGUGCCGCGCGUUAUCCUCCUCCGCUGGGGCGGCCCAAGAUGGCGGUGCAGGAGUCGGCGGCCCAGCUGUCCAUGACCCUGAAGGUGCAGGAGUACCCGACCCUCAAGGUGCCCUACGAGACGCUGAAUAAACGCUUCCGAGCUGCCCAGAAGAAUAUUGACCGAGAGACGAGCCACGUCACCAUGGUGGUGGCCGAGCUGGAGAAGACCUUGAGCAGCUGCCCAGCCGUUGACUCCGUGGUCAGCCUUCUGGAUGGCGUGGUGGAAAAGCUCAGUGUCCUCAAGCGGAAGGCGGUGGAGUCCAUCCAGGCAGAGGAUGAGAGCGCCAAGCUGUGCAAGCGCAGGAUCGAGCACCUCAAGGAGCACAGCAGCGACCAGCCGGCAGCGGCCAGCCUGUGGAAACGGAAGCGCAUGGACCGCAUGAUGGUGGAGCACCUGCUGCGCUGCGGCUACUACAACACGGCUGUGAAGCUGGCACGCCAGAGUGGCAUUGAGGACCUGGUAAAUAUUGAAAUGUUCCUGACAGCCAAAGAAGUGGAAGAGUCCCUGGAGAGGCGUGAGACGGCCACUUGCCUGGCCUGGUGCCACGACAACAAGUCCCGGCUCCGGAAGAUGAAGGGCCACCAGGGCAAGCGCGAGGCACAGGUGCUGCGAAAGAGUAGAGCUGCUGGCAGCUCCCCUAAAAAGGUUGAGAAUCUUGGUGUGGAAACCCUGAAAGGAAAGGAGAACCGGUUUAGCUGCCUGGAAUUCAGCCUCAGGAUCCAGGAGUUCAUCGAGCUUGUGAGGCAGAAUAAGCGCCUGGAUGCUGUGAGACAUGCGAGGAAGCACUUCAGCCAGGCGGAGGGCAGCCAACUCGACGAGGUCCGCCAGGUCAUGGGCAUGCUGGCCUUCCCACCAGACACGCACAUUUCCCCGUACAAGGACCUCCUGGACCCGGCACGGUGGCGGAUGCUGAUCCAGCAGUUCCGAUAUGACAACUACCGCCUGCACCAGCUGGGGAACAGCUCUGUGUUCACGCUCACUCUGCAGGCUGGCCUCUCGGCGAUCAAGACACCACAGUGCUACAAGGAGGAUGGCAGCUCCAAGAGCCCCGACUGCCCAGUGUGCAGCCGCUCCCUGAACAAGCUGGCCCAGCCCCUGCCCAUGGCCCACUGUGCCAACUCCCGCCUGGUCUGCAAGAUCUCUGGCGAUGUGAUGAAUGAGAACAACCCGCCCAUGAUGCUGCCCAAUGGCUACGUCUACGGCUACAAUUCUCUGCUUUCUAUCCGUCAAGAUGACAAAGUUGUUUGCCCGAGAACCAAAGAAGUCUUCCACUUCUCACAGGCCGAGAAGGUGUACAUCAUGUAGACUGUCGCCGCACGCUCCUCCUGUCCCUGACCCCAGCCUGUUUCUUGCGACCAAAGAUCAGUGAGCAACAACAAAUACUCUUAGGGAGAGAGGAAGUGAGAUUUGCUGUUUGUAAUUGAAAACGUUUCGAUCGGUAGGAUUUCGUAACAUGCGUCAACUCUUUGAUGCUUGCGCCUCUCAGAGGAGCUUCUCCACAGACUGACCUGACCUGACCGUGAGGGACUCUAGAACAUCUCAAAAACAGGAAUGACUCCCGUGUCUCUAGGUCUCCUCCACUUGCUGACCGUGAGACUCGGGGGCUUGAGGAAUGGGCUGGUCCUUUCCCGGGUACUGGCCAUGACUGGGGUGGGGACUUUGGCACAGCGCACGGGGCCUCUCCUGACUUCAUCCAGAGCUGUGCGGCACCAGGGCUAGCGAGGCACAGUGUCCUGGCCGGCCCAUGUGCGCAGGUUCGGGUCUCACCCUCUGCGCCGCCUUACUUCCUGCUUCGAGAAUGUAUCACGUGGAAAUCCACUGGACCGCGUUUCUGCAGAGGCCUUGCUGAUGGCUCGGUAACCCUAGAGUCUCAAUGCUGUUCCCAAGUACUGAGGGGUUUCAGACACACGAACCUGUAGUUCACACACCACAUUGUAGAGGUUUGUAUCUAGCGCUUAUUUUUGCAUGUUGAUGUCAAUUAGCUAAUAAACUGUAAAUGUAAAACGUGUUAAUAAAAUGGCUUUCU